AUGACUAAUGAUAUUAAAUUUGGUCAAGCAUCACUAAUGGCUGGAAAUGAACUUUUAUCGAUUCGAAUGCAUCAAAGAAAUCCACCUUCAUUCAGAUCAUCGCUUCCUCUUACCAUGACUUUAACACAUGGUGCACACGUAUAUUUAAAUGUAUCUGCAACAAGUGAAUAUCCAUCACAUGUUGUCAAAUUGUUUGAACUGCAUCGACCUGAACAUUCUACAUUUAACUAUAAUACAGGUAUCUUUCAAUGGACAGCUAUCAAAGGGGAGCAUUAUUUGAGCGUUGAAGCUCUUGAUGAAACAUAUAAUUUAAAAUCAAAACAUGAUAUCACUUUUUAUGUCAAAGUCAUCGAUGAUGGAAUCACUGCUGCUCCUGGAAAGGGUAGUAACAAUCAAGUUAAUGAAGUUAAUUUUAUCAUUUUAAUUAUUGGACUGAAUGUUAUUUUCUGUCGAUAG